AAUAAAAAUGAUGGUGUGAGUUUUAAGGAUCUGGGAGGUAUGAAGGAGUUGUUGAUGGAGGUAGAGGACACGGUGAUUGUGCCUCUUCUUAAACAUAGGAAGCUGGUAGACAAGGGUAUAGAGUUAAGGAUGGGCAAUAUUCUUUUUCAUGGUCCUCCUGGUUGCGGCAAGACCACUUUGGCUCAUGCCAUUGCCAAUGAGUCUUCUUUACCUCUUUAUAAGCUUUCCCCUUCUGAUAUAGCAGGUGGACCUCAAGAAGAAAUCCUUCAAAAACAUUUCUCAAAAGCUUACAAGACAGCCCCUUCAAUCAUAUUUAUUGAUGAGAUCGAUGCAAUAGCUUCAAAACGAGAUAAUUUACAACUACAAUCUGACCGAAGGAUUGUGACACAACUGAUGAGUUGCAUGGAUGAAUGCCAUAGGCAUUCCCUGUUGCCUACUAGUCAUGAAGAUUCUUGCUAUGUUCUCGUGAUUGGUGCGACCAAUAGGCCUCAUGCUCUUGAACCUGCAGUCAGAAGACCUGGUAGAUUCGAAAAGGAGAUUCUUCUUGGUGUCCCGGAUGAAAAUGCUAGGUUUGACAUUCUUUCUCGCAAGCUUAAGCUACCUCCUCAUCAUCAUCAAGCCUCCUCCUCCUUGGACAUUCUUAAGAUAGCCAGGUCUACUCCAGGUUUUGUUCCCACUGAUUUUGAUGCCCUGAUUUCUCAAGCUAAUUCCAUUGCCUUACGGAGAGCUAUAAACAUUAGAAAGCCUAGGGAAUCUAGAAAUUUUUCUGAAGACGAUGGCCAUAAGUUGUGGAAGGAAACUUGGUUGGAUGAUGCUAUUGACAAUCUCAACCUUACCAUGACUGAUAUCGAGGCAAUUACAAAGGUUCAACCCUCGUCUAAAAAAGAAGGUUCUUGUGAGAUUCCUAAUGACAAAUGGGAAGAUAUUGGUGGGUUGCAUGAUAUAAGGCAGGAAUUGGAACGAUCUCUUAUUAAUUGUAUCAAGUAUCCCGAGCAUAGUAAGAGAUGUGGAAGGGCCAUCGAAACAGGAUUUUUAUUAUUUGGACCUAAGGGCUGUGGUAAGACAUCAAUUGCAAAGGCUGUUGCUAAUGAAGCAAGAGCUAAUUUCAUUUAUAUCCAGGGUCCAGAACUUUUGGAUAAAUAUGUUGGAGAAAGUGAAAGGGCCAUCCGAACCUUGUUUAGUCGUGCAAGGACAUGUUCACCAUGCAUAAUUUUCUUUGAUGAGAUGGAUGGCUUGAGAGAAAAGAGAGAGUUCCAGAAGGGACGAGUGGUUCAGCAGCUAGUGACUCAGUUACUUACGGAGUUAGAUGGAAGAAACAAACGGGAUGGUGUAUUUGUAAUUGGUGCCACAAACAGAAUCGAUCAUAUAGAUGAGGCCUUUCUGCGGCCAGGUAGAUUCUGUAAACGUCUUUAUGUACCACUGCCCGGUCCAGAUGAACGUGGAAUGAUCUUAAAAGCUCUUGGAAAGGAGAGACCAAUAGAUCCUACUGUGAAUUUGAUUGACAUUGCAAAGAUGGAAGCUUGUGAGAAUUUUAAUGGGGCUGACCUUUAUCAUCUGAUGCGCGAAGCUACACUUGCUGCUCUAGAUGAAGCAAUAGCUAACAGCAGUACUUCGGAUACAUCUCAACGGACAGUCAAAGUGAAACACUUUGAGCAAGUUGUCACUAAAAUCUCCCCUUCUGUGUCAAAAAUGGAAAAAAAGCUGCAGUGGAGGUUGGCUAAGAGGUUCAUGGCGUGUAACCUGCAAAGAAACACAACAGAGGGACAUUCGGAAUGAAGAAGUGUUUCACCAUUAAUCUUAGGCCAAAUAGGUUUAUUUAUUUAUGAAGAUGAAUACUAAUGGGAGUCAAGUAGUCAGCCGGCCAAUAUCUAUUGUCAAGUCUCUAGCAGGAAGGCCUUUGUGACAUGCAUCUUUAUUUCACAAAUGAAUGAAGGAAGUUCAGAUCAUCUAGAUAGUCAGCUAGAGACCUUUUAGAUUUGAUUUAUGCCCUUUCGUAUAGAGCAACCAUAUUUUCGUACAAUUUUGAAAAUUGUUCAUAUUAUGAGAUGAACUUUACAUAGAAACCAUUCCAAUGAAAAUUCCUUGGUUUGGUCUACA